AUGGGCCUGAUCGACCAGCACUUUGAGCGCCACGCGCUCAGCGCCGCCUCCGGACACAACGUCUUCCUGAUCUUUGAGGACCGCGAGUGGACGUACAGGCACCACAAGACCUCCUGGCCCAAAGUCCGCAUCUCGCGGGCCGAGAUCGCCCAGUACGUCAGCGAGCUGGCCCACUACCAGCUCAACGCGCCGCCUUCGCCCGCCGACAAGCAGCACCACGUGCGUAUGAUCUGGGGCAACGGCCUCCGGCCGGACGUGUUAAAGCCGUUCUGCCAGCGCUUUGGUGUCGAGACUAUCAACGAGAUCUACGGUGCAACCGACGGCUUCGCCAUCUCCUGGACCGCCAACCGUGGCGCCCUCUUGCACCUGCUUAACGGCGCGCGCAAGAAGCGCAUCCGCAUCGACGCCGGCGAAGCUGGCGAGACCAUCCACAAGGUCGAUCCCGUGACGCAGACCGCCACGUUUUCCAAGUACUUUAACAACGAGGUGGCCGGGCUGAAGCGGUACAUCACCGACGGCUUCAAAAGGGCGACGUGUGGUUCCGCACCGGCGAACAUGAUGCGCGAGGACGCCGACGGCCGCCUGUUCUUCGUCGACCGCCUCAGCAACAUGUUCUGCUGGCGCAGCGAGAACGUCUCCACCAACAAGGUCGCCGUCGUGCCGGUCGACAACAACGGGACGUCCGGCGACAGGGAUCGGCUGGACGUCGCGGGGCUCGCGCGCCACGCGCUGGCGAACCUGCCGCGCUACGGCGUGCCGCUGUUCGUCCGUGUCGUUCGGCAGCUCGAGUACACGGCGACGAAAAAGAUGCAGAAGGGCCGGUUGAAGGCCGAGGGCGUCAACUGGCAAAAGAUCCGCGAGGGGCCGGGCAAGGAGGACGCGCUGUACUGGCUGCCGCCGGGCGCGGAGGCCAAUGUCCCGCACAGACGAGAGGAGUGGGAAAGCAUCAAGAGCGGAGCUGCCAAGCUGUAG